AUGAAUAUUAAAGAAUUAACUUCGUUUAUAAAAGAAUACGAUCUUAUGUUUACAUAAAAACUAGUCAAAUACUUAGUAAUAAUAGGAAUAUCAGCUAUGAAAAGUAAAACUUAGGAUAUAUCGAUUGAAACGAUAAAACUUAUUGCAAGUAUAUUCAAAUUUUAUAAAUAGGCUCUUGUAAAUAAUAAAAGUUAAAAAAUGAGAUGGCUACUUUAAAAGAAAAAGUAAUCAAUAUUUAAUAGUCAAUAACUCCUAGAAUGGGAAAUUACAACUUUUCUGAAGAUAAAUAAUUAAGAAUUUCAAAAAGCCCAUUGAUCUAAUCAUAAUAUUCACCUAUUUAGAAGAAAAAGGAUUAACCUAGUAAUAAGUGCAAAAAGGCUAUAUCUAUUUAAGAUUCAGAUUUCAAUUUCUAAUCGUUAAAUUUGAAAAAUAAAAGUAAUUAACUCAGUAUAAAAAUGGAAUAAUAAAUAAAAUAAACAAAAUCUUAGAAAAUUAGUUAAAAUAUUUAUUAAUCUUCAAAGAAAAUAAAUUUGGAUUAAAUUGCUAAUCAUUUUUUAUGUUCUCCUUUAAUUUAGAAUCCUUUAUCAGUAAGAAAUCAAUCAUAAUAAAAUGAACUUUAAUGUAUAAUUGUUUAUAUUUGUAGAUUUCUUUUAGAAUACAUGGAAAUAAUUUUGA